AUGUCAACCAUCGAAAAAGGAUUGUCAGUGUUUCGGAACAAAAAUGACGAUGAAGAUAAUCUUUUGGCAAAUAAAGCUGUCAAAGUUUAUGUUCGGCUUAUGUUUCUUCGUAUAGGUGAAAUCGAUACUUUGAAUGAAAAGUACCAAGCUCAAGCAUCUAUCGAAGCACGUUGGACAGUUGAAACGAAUCGAAUACUAUCAAUUCUUUCAUCGGACGAGCAAAAACGUUUAACAGAGGGAAAGUCAGUUUCACUUCUCAAAUAUGCAGAAUUACACUGGCAUCCACAGCUCUACAUCGAAAACGCACUUGGCGAUUUGAAAGAACAGAUCAGGUAUACUGCCAAGAAACCGAAGGAAGAUAAUCAAAUCUACGUCUGUGAACAUCGUGAUAUCAAAGGGCUGUUCUGGGAGAAACUUGAAUUGCAUCAUUUUCCAUCUGAUGUUCAAGAUCUGUCUAUCUCAGUUGCAUCGAUGUUGUACAAUGACCGAGUUAUUCUGCUUCCUGAUGGUGAUCGGAAGAGUGGAGUGAAUCGGGAAGCGUUUGUCGAUCAGCAGGAAUGGAAUUUAUAUUCCCAUGUUGAUACACAACAAAGAUAUGUAACAGAAUUUCUUCUUCACGAUAGUGACGAUGAGGAUGAUGACAACGAUCGAAGACAAUGCUUCCACAAUUCGGAAGAUCGAAAACGAUCCAUAUUAACAGUAACUUGCCAUGCAGCUCGUCAAUCGAACUAUUUCUAUUGGAACGGUUAUUGUCUCAUCUUACUAAUCACUCUAAUGUCAUUCUGUAUAUUUGCAGUUCCACCAGAUCUAACAGCCAAUCGCAUUCAAACAUCAUGCACGUUGCUUUUAACAUCCAUUACAUUCCGUUGGACCGUCAAUCGAUCACUUCCAACGAUUUCCUAUCUGACUUCAAUGGAUAAAUAUGCAAUUUUAUGUAUUUUUAUUCUGGUCACUCUUUGUAUUUGGCAUGCUUGUUUGGGCUCAUGGAUAUUUGUCUACACGCCUAAUUUUCGUACGACCCAAGAUCUAUGGCUUAUUCAUCUUGAUCACUGUGUGUUUCUCGGCGCAAUUAGUGUCUUGAUAAUCAUUCAUAUAGUUCUCCUAACAUGGCUUUAUUACGUUCCAUUGAAAUGUCGUCGGCAAAUGGCCGAGAAAGACAUCGAGUAUCGACAAUCGAUUCGUAAGGAGGGAAACAAUAUGAAAUAUUCGCCUUUAGUCAUAUAA